AUGGUAGUUCUUUUAAAGCAUGUGAUACCAGUGCAUCUACUAAUUACAAGUGUUGUUCUAGCAGAAUUGUAUAAGCCUAACACAAGAAUAGCAUGCUCUAAAGAAUCACACUGUCCACCUGAUUGGCCCUGUUGCUCACCAUAUGGCGACUGUGGUUCUGGUCCUGUAUGUUUGGGAGGGUGUAACCCCAAAUUAUCAUUUGAAGACACAGCAUGUGCUCCAUUACCUAUUCUUUAUUCGCCCGCAACUGAAUUGAGAUAUGAUCGAUCAAUUCCACCAUCUUCUUCUAAGGAUGAAGUUUUCCAACAAAUGAUAAAUGAACAUUAUCCACAAGAGGCACCCUCCAAUUUUGAAAAGGAAAUAUUGCAAAACAAUAAAUUACAUUUGAACAGUAGAGGUAUCAUACAUUUUACCGACUAUUUAAUGACAGAUUCAGUAGACAAGGCAAAGGACAUGCUUUCAAAGUAUCAAUUCCUUUAUAGCGGUCCCAUAAACAUUGAUCCACAAACAAAUGAUAUUCAAUUGAAUAUGCCCAAACAAUCAUCUGGUUCUUUAAUUACUUCGGCCAAAUACUUCCUAUAUGGGAAGUUACAUGUUAGGCUUAGAGCAGCCAGGUCCAUUGGUGUAGUGACAGGUCUUGUACUUAUUUCACAAGUUGGGGAUGAAAUUGAUUUUGAAUUCUUAGGUGCAGAAUUGAACUUUGUUCAGACAAAUUACUAUUCUCAAGGUGAAUUGAUUCAUACAAAUAUGCAAAAAUACCAUAUUCCGACAAAUAUUUGGGCUACAUAUCACACGUAUUCCAUCGAUUGGAACCCGGACAGAAUCUUAUGGAUGGUAGAAGGUCAAAUAAUAAGAACUUUAUUUAAAAGAGAUACUUGGGAUCCUGUUUCAAAAAGAUUUAAAUAUCCAGAGACCCCCAUGAGAUUAGAAAUUGCCAUUUGGCCAGGUGGAGCCGCCACAAAUCCACCGGGAACAAUUUCUUGGGCUGGAGGACUAAUAAAUUGGGACACGGCACCUGAUAUAUUAGAAAAGGGCCAGUUCUCAGUAUAUGUGCAGCAUGCUAAUAUUGUCCCUUAUAUUAAUCCCAAAAUUACCGAAAAACAAAGAGACGUCGGUACUCACCAAGGAUGUUUGAAGAUGUUCACAUUCGCCUACGAUAGCAAAAAAAAUCCUCUGUAUAAUGAGGACUCCUUAAAAUGGCAUUGUUGUAUAAUCCCAAAGAUGGCUAAUUGGCGUUCUUCAGGAAAGAAUAUCUGA